AUGACAGCGAAGCUCAAGUCUCGCGAUUGUAACCAACAGUCUGCUAACAACCUGGCCUUGCAGAUUGGACAAGUAUCCUUCGAAGCUGCGGUAUCCAUCUCCAGCCUGGCCUAUCCUGCCAGUGCACUUUUCAUACACCUGCACCUUGAGAAGCCAGCAGAACAUCCCAAUCCCGAGAACAAGAACAAGAAGGUGCUUAUUUGGGGCGCUUCUUCUUCUUUCGGCGCCUAUGCAACCUAUCUGGCUGCUAGAGCAGGUUACACAGUGGUGGGCGUUGCGUCUGCUCAGAAUGCGCAGCUUGUGAAGUCCUUCGGUGCUGUGCACUUUAUCAACAGGAAAUCACCGACAGUAACGCAAGAGCUUAUAGAUAUAGGACCUUUCGAAGCCGUCUUGGCUGCUGCGGACGCUGCCCAGGAUCAGCCUGUGUUGGGAGCUGUCUUGGCUGCGCACGGAGGAGGUUCUUUUCUGUCGACAAUGGGCUUGCGGCCGGGGGUGGAGCUGCCCACUGGAGUUCAAGCAAACUUUGUGCCGAUUAUGGAUGUCUAUCUUGACCCCAAGACGCGCGACUUUACCACGUGGGUGUGGUGGGAUUUCUUGGAAAGUGAGCUCGCGGCUGGGCGCCUGCAGCCUGUGCCCGUUCAUGUUCUCGGUGGCCUGGAUAAGGUGCAAGAGGCAUGGAAUCUGCUCAAGGCGGGGAAAGUAAGCGGUCAAAGACUGUUGAUAGCACCUGGCCUUUAG